UUAUUUUAUCUACAAUUAUUUGCUUCAGUAAUUUGUUGAUCCGCGCAUGCGUAUUUUUUUGUAUUUACACACGCGACGCAGCGAUCAGUUACACUCGACCUGCAUCGACGACAUAAACUUUAAAUUGUAUCUGGUUGCGAUGGAAGCGAGAGUACGCAUUUGGCCGAACAAUGUGAAGGAAUAACCCUUAUGGGAGCAAGCAGUUUGUGUUUGAUCAAGAAAUAGGAGAAAUAACGGUAACCCAAUCAUCUAAACACAGCGUUUGCCAUAGACAACUCCGCAUGCCGAGCUACACAGCGUAACGAUGGAAUCUGUUGUGAGCGUAAGGACUUCUUGCCAUGCUGGAGGCUACUCGUCAUGAAUGAGCUUAGAGUUUGGGUGGAUGGUAAAGAAAGGAUUAUUCGUGGGGUUAGUGAUAGUACAACCUGUGAGAGUAUUUUGAUUGCACUUGCGAAAGCGGCGGGGAAAACUGGUCGGGUAGCCCUCCUGGAGAAAUGGCGCGAUUUGGAACGAAUUUUACCGCGAACCGAAAAGCCAAUAAAGUGCUUACAAAUGUGGGGGAGCCUGCAAAAAGAAGUUAAAUUCUUACUUCGCGAUGAAACACCGGACCAAUCUGUUUUAGAUAUUGAAAGGUGUCCAGCAAUUGAAUUAGUUAUAGAUAACAAAUUAUGUGACCCUCACAAUCGUUUGGAAGAUUACAGGUCCCUCGAGGCCACUGCGUCAAGUCAAGCGAGUAGAAUCAUUCGCUUGUCACGCGCAAACAACAUUCUCGACACUCAACUGGCUUCUUGGUCUGAGCUGGAAGAAGCCUCCCUGUACUCUACUGAAGAGGAAAUAAGCGAACACUUGAUAAAUCAAUUGCAGGAAGUUUCUAAAAUUCAAAAAGGAGAGCUUGUUUCUCUUGAGACUACCAAGGAACAGUACGAGAUUGUCAAGAACUCCCGAGAAAAGUUCAUAGCAAAUAUCGAGGACUUGAGGGAGAAAUUGAAGUCUUUAGAAAACCGGAUUUCAGAUUUAGAAUCAACAAGCGAAAAGCUUUACUCCAAACUUCAGAGUUUUAAUUUUAGUGGGGGGUUUACCACAAGCUUAGCUCAGCAGGUUGAUUCUCCCAUUGAUGAAUUGAAAAAUCUUCGAAGAGAAGUAGAAAAACAAACAACUAUAUCUAACAAUCAAUCUUCAGAGAUCUCAAGCUUUUCACGCUCAGUUGGCGAUACAACCCAAAUGAUUGAGCAAAGAACUAAACAAAUUGCUUCUCUUAAAAUGGAACUUUCAUCACGUGAUGCCUAUUAUGAUCUUGACGAAGAUUUUCACAGCGUGCGAUACGAUGACUUCGACGAUCCUUUGUUGGACUUCUCAAGAAGUGCAGACAAUGAUGUCUCGUUAGAGCACUCAGCGGCAACAAAAUCGAAUAGCAAUGGCGAUCUAGCAAGUGGAAGCUCUUUCCAAGAAACGUAUAUUGCAUCGCCGCUUUGUAGAAUAAAUAAAGGAAACUCUAUCCUACACAACGGCCUUUCAAGAACUUUAAACGCUAACGCUUUAUCUGACACUCGUCUUCCGGAAGUUGGAUACGUAGAUGUCUCUAAACAAAUAUACUCGCCUAUGGCAGCAAUCUCUCAAGCUAGAGACUCAUAUUCUGAUACGUCCAACCGUUUGUUUAAAAACAACAAUCUGCCAAAUCAUUUGGAAGAGUCAGAUGGCGAAGAAGAAGGGGUGUUUGUAUGAUUGAUUUAGUCUUUACUCCGAAUUAAAAUGUUUACAUCGUAUUUUUAUUAUUGAAAACAUAGAACUUACCCUUUUUUGAAAAUAUAAUUUUCGAAGCAGAAAAAACAGAUUAACUAAUUUUCAAAUAGCAUAGAUAAGAUGUAUCUUCUUGUUUGUUCUAAUUUUGCCCUCCCACUAAAGAACCCAACCGUGUGUUAGCCAAAAAUGACAUUUUAUAAAGACUUAUAGGUACUAUUUGAUUCAAGAAAAAGAAAAAAAAGUUGAUAGAAAUUAUUUAUAUAUUUUGCAAUAUUAUGGUUUUAAGACAAUUAGAUAGAUAUGUAAACUAUAAAAAUACAAUAUUUAUGUAUGCAUGGGCAGGCUUCUUUUGAGAGUCUACCAAAAUUUAUUAUAUAUGUUGAAGAUGUGUGUACAUACAUUUGCAAGCAUGAGUGGGAAGUUGAUUAUGUUGAAUUAAAAACAUUUCUUUGGUAA